GGAAGAUUUAGACUUUAAAAAAGAAGCAGCAAACCUUUGACAACCGGAACACUUCCUUUGGGUUAUUUUAUAGUAUCUACCUACUAGGGUUGGUAGAAUUCAAAAACUGUCUGCUACUGUCAAACGCAGCAGCAGCAGCAGCAGCCGGUGCAGUGCAUUCGGGACAGCUAUGGACCAGGUCAAAGCAACCGCUGCCUUCGUCGCCAACCGCUCCUCUCACGUUGUUGUCGACUCUGCAGGGUUAGAGAAAGUAGUGGAGAAUAUUCAAGAUAAGAUUCCGAAAAUAGAGUGGGAUUUUGAAGGGAUUCAUUAUUUUGACAACGGACCUCUCACCGUUCAGUACCUCUUUGUUUUGGACACGCUCAAUUUUUGCUUUUGGCCUGACAAGAACUUAAAUUAUGAUGAUUUGGCUUCGGGGUUAAAGGAGGCUUUGGAAAAUGACAAAUCUGUAUUUGAUGCUGAUCAUCUGCAAAAAAUCACCGGUCUUCAAUUACGCAACUUGUUAAAGUGGCCCCGACCACUUCCUCUGGAGGACGAACGAGUUCGUCUGCUGCAUGAGGUUGGUUUUGAGCUGGAAAGAAGUUUUGGGGGUAAAGCAUCGAAUCUAGUGGAGUCCUGUGGGAGAUCAGCUGCAAAGCUUGUUGCCACUAUAGCCAGUCACUUUCCUGGCUUUCGAGACCACUCUGUUUACAAAGGCCACCAGAUAUUCUUGUAUAAAAGAGCUCAGAUAUUUGCUGCUGAUCUAUAUGGUGCUUUCAAAGGCCAAGGAUAUGGAGAAUUCGAUGACAUUAGCUCCAUCACUAUAUUUGCAGACUAUAUUGUCCCAGCUAUGCUGCGGAAGCUUGGUGUGCUAAAAUAUAGUUCAACCCUUGCCAGCAUAAUUGAGUCUAAUAAAGAAAUAGUUUCAGGAAGUGAGGAGGAAGUUGAAUUACGAGCCUGUUCCAUAUAUGCUGUGGAGAAAAUGAGGGACCUGAUUAGUGUAAAAUUAGGAAAACAGGUGCUGAGUGUGGAGUUGGACCUAUGGCUCUGGGCUUACGGUGUUCAAAAUCCAUCUCUUCCAUACCAUCGGACACUCUCGAUAUAUUAUUGAACAGAUGCUACGCUAGAGGAGCUUUAAUAAUUCUGUGGGAGGAGGAUACAUUUUACCUGUUAAAGUUUUGAGGUUAUUCUUAUAAACAUACAAGAACUAAUCCAUACAUCCUUCGCUCUCCUUUGUGAAGGGCUAAACCUGUUUUUGAAGACAAACAACUCUGUUUCAGUCAUUUGACGUUCGUACUCCAAGAAAUGUUAUCUCUUGCGUGGGCAUUAUUCUUAUUGCCGUUUAUGUGAACACAUGAAAUUUCUUGAACUGUGGGAAAUUUUCGUCAGUUAUUGAACUAUAUUUUAUACAUGGGAGAUUGUGUU